AUGGGCCUCACCACACUGAAGAAAUCCAAGCCAAGAUUGGCUAGGUGCCCCGACUUCGAUAAGCCCAACUGUAUUAUCUACAACUAUGGCAAUGUCGGCCCACUCCUUGUAGUUCUUCCUGAGCACGAAGUUCAUAUAGAACUCGUUUUAGAACUAGCCCGGGAUUGUGCUAUGUUAGGCUCCGACGAUAAACAAAGUCUAGCCGACCGGGGAGAAGUUGUUGAUAUGUUAGCCGCACACCCCCAACAGCCUUCUCCGCACAUGUUCCCAGGUCAGCAGCAGCAACAGGGUGCACCAAACAUGAACCAUGGCCCUCAAGGGUCUUACUUCAUCCUCUUCAGCACGCCCAUACUGUACGUGGAACAGCCUCACUGGUAUGAUCGGCUGCUGGACGUAUUGCUCGGCGAGGAUGAAACCCAAAGAGACAGCUUGACGUCGGUCUAUCCAUGCUGUUAG